AUGUCUCCGUCGCCUUCCGCUGCGGCACCUGAAGCCCCCAGAGCGUCUACAGACACGCCUCCACCUUCAUCUCUUCUUCCCGAUGGUGCAACUCCGCCUCCCUCUCCCCCUUUAUCCGCUGCGUCAGAGGCUUCCGACGCCAGCGACUUCGCGCCGUCCUCUUCUUCCUCGUCAGACGAAGACUCGGACUAUUCGCCAGGCUCCAGCAGCAAGAAGAAGACCAAAACGAGCCCAAAGAAGAGAAAGAUCAAGAGAAAGCGGUUAGUGAAAGGAGACGAGCGGAAGAAGAAGCGGAAAACAGCCAAAGAAGAAGAAAAUGAUGAAGAAGAGGACGAAGAAGAGCUAAAUACUGGACGAGAGGCCUCUAAAUCUCCUAAGAAGAGGACGCAGAGCGAGCGCAAAGCUGCGGCGGCCACGUGGGCAGACGACGGCAGCUUGGACCUGUACAGACGCCGGCUGCAUGAGCUGCGGCGGCAGCUGCAGGACGCAGUGGACGAAGGCAAGAAGACGUUCUACAACAAUCCCAGGCCUGUUGACUACGUUGAAGAGGAAGAACAAGAGGGAGAGAAUGAUGGUGAUCAAGGAGGAGAAGAGGGUGAAGAAGAGAAGCCGAAGGUGGAGACGGGACCCAAGUUCUACUCGCCGUGGGACGUCACGGAGACGGCGUCGGGGCUUUUGGUGCCGAGUUACGUGCUGACGCAGCUGCUGCCGCACCAGCGAGAGUGUCUCGAGUGGCUGCACAAGCUUCAUGAGCGAGGAGUAGGUGGGAUCUUGGGUGACGACAUGGGCCUGGGCAAGACGGUGCAGCUGGCUUCGUUCCUGGGCUCGCUGCACCGCGCGAGACGCCUUCGGACGGUGUUGUUGCUGUGUCCGGCCUCCGUGUUGCUGCAGUGGGUGCGAGAGCUGCACAAGUGGGUGCCCUGGAUGAGAGUGGUGCUGCUUCAUGCAUCGGGAACUGGUGUAAGCACGUCGUUCUCGAGCGAUUCGUACGAGCAGCUUAUCGACGAGGUGUUUCGCUUUGAAGAUGAGAUGUCGGGGGACGAAGCGGAUGGUGGCGAUGAGUUCAGUGGCAUGGGAGGGCACGCGCCUACAGGAGGAGGUGUGGUGAUCAGUACGUACGAGAACGUUCGCCAGUACCAGAGUCUGUUUCUAACGCGUGAAUGGGACUAUGUCGUGCUGGACGAGGGCCACCGUAUCCGCAACCCGGAUGCUGAGACGACGUUGGCAUGCAAGCAACUGCGCACAGUGCAUCGCAUUAUCCUGUCGGGCACGCCGAUUCAGAAUCGACUGCGUGAGCUGUGGUCUCUGUUUGACUUCGUGUAUCCUGGACGCCUGGGCACGCUGCCAACGUUUGAUGACGAGUUUGUGUUACCUAUUCGAGCUGGUGGGUACGCGACGGCUACGAAGAUGCAGGUUUUGAUGGCGUACAAGUGUGCUUUGGCGCUGAAGGACCUCAUCCAGCCGUUCCUGCUCCGCCGUACCAAGCAAGAAGUGCUGACGAACGGUGCUAGCGGUAAGAUGGGUGCGCUGUUGCCUGGCAAACAGGAACAAAUACUGUUCUGCCGACUCACCAAGCGUCAGCGCGCCUUGUACAAGCGCUUCCUGGCCUCACCCGAAGUUGCGUCCGUGUUGCGUCGCGACAUUCGCCCCUUCCGCGCCAUCUCAGUGCUGCGCCACAUUUGCAACCACCCGGACUUGCUUGCCUCGUUUGGCGAUGGGAGACUGGCCGACAAGCGCCGGCAGAAGUAUGAUGACGACGAGGAUAAUGAAGAGGAGCAGGAAGGGCUUACUGAUCUUGCCGGAAUGCUGGAUGAAGUCGACGAUGAAGGUGAGAGUGAUGAACCCUUCGGUGCUGCAUCAGCGAGCGGGAAGAUGAUCGUGCUGCAGAAGAUCUUGGGACUGUGGAAGGAGCAAGGCCACCGCGUUUUGAUUUUCACGCAAACGCGCAGUAUGCUGGACAUUCUGGAGAGUUUCAUGUCGAGGCAGGGACACGCGUGCUGCCGUCUUGAUGGAACAACUGGCGUGGCUGAGCGACAGCAGCGACUGGAUGCGUUCAAUGCACCGGAUAGCGAGCUGUUUGCGUUCUUGCUGACGACUCGAGCUGGCGGUAUCGGUGUGAAUUUGGUUGGAGCCGAUCGUGUCGUGGUGUUUGAUCCGGACUGGAACCCGUCCACUGAUGUGCAAGCCCGAGAGCGAGCAUGGCGCAUCGGUCAACAGAAACAAGUGACAGUGUACCGACUCGUGACUGCUGGAACUAUCGAGGAGAAGAUCUACCACCGGCAGAUUUUCAAGCAGUACCUGACCAGCAAGGUGCUUCAUGACGCGAAGCGCAAGCGCUGCUUCAACAAGCACACGCUGCGAGAUCUGUUCGUGCUGGCUGACGAGAAGGAAGAGGAGGACGGCGUUGCGGAGACUAACGAGCUAUUCAUUGCUGGAAACGUGGAGAGACCGGCGGAGCUGGAAGACGGUGAGGAAGAGGACAACGAAAGCGGCGGGACCCCCGAGUCGGAGGACAGCAAGAGCCGCAUGGAGGCAGGCGACAACGACGCCGUGCUGAAGCAGCUCUUCGACGGCGGCGACGUCCGUGGCGUGUUCGACCACUCGGCUGUCGAGUCGGAGGGUGUGCAGAACCAAGAGGCGGAUCUGGUCGAGAUUGAAGCUACGAAGAUCGCUCAGGGUGCUCUCAGUGCGUUGAGAGCAUCUGGGGCCCUCAUCCGACAGCAGCGCGAGACCAUCUACACGCCAACGUGGACGGGUCGAUCAGGGGCUGCGGGUGAUCCCACCCAGCGACGUCAGCAGCCUGCAGCUCGAGGUCGCGGCCGGGGUAGCAGCGUCCGAGGUCGAGCAGGAAGGGGUCGUGGUCGAGGUGGACAAGGCGGUGGAGUGUCCUCGCGCGACAUGCUGGCCAGGAUCCAGCAGAGACGCGACGGCGUUGCAACUCAGGCUGCUCAACCUCCUGCGCGUCCUCGUGUUGCGGCCUCAGCUUCGUCCUCUGCUCCACUGAAUGCUAGCGACAUGACCAAGCGGCUGCACGCGUUCCUCGUCGCGAAUCCCGCGGGCGUGACGACCGAGCGGCUGCUCGAGAGCUUCGGCAACGUCGUCGCCCCCAAGGACAAGCUCGUGUUCCGGCAUGUGCUGCGUGACAUGGCCGUGUGUCGAGGACGUCGGUGGACGCUGAAGCCGUCUUACUCGGUGUCCGACGCACCUGCCGGCGCAGCUCCGCAGCCGCCAAUACAACGUCGACGAGGUGCGCUCUGGUGA